GCUUCUAUCAAGCUCAAACCAUACACUUCCGCAUGUAUGCCACGAAUGAAUGACAAGUGAACGGGUUACAUGUCAUUCUGAAGAUGACUAGCUACGGUUCAAUGCCGGAUCUGAUCAGUAGUAGCGUCUCCAUGCAAGGAGUACAAGGAGGUGCAGCAAGGGAAGAUGGAACAAAAUACUACACAUCUGGGACAAUCUACCCAUUUUCUUCUUCAAAGGCUUUACGAGGAACUUUCUUCAAAGAGCUGUCAACAGUUCUUUCACUUAAAGAGGGCAAGAAGAUAUCUCUGUUUCUGGCUCUUAAUGUGGCAUGCACUAUGAUUCUACUUCUUUGGUGCCAUUCAACGAACAGCAUGGCGCUAACUGCCUUCACGUACCUGACCAUAUUUGACAUAUUCAGCUUACUGACAUGUCUUUUGAGCCUAUGGGUUCAGUUACAGCAGCCUUCAUCAGCGUACUCAUUCGGGUAUGAACGGUUUGAGGUUGUGGCUGUGUUUGCAAGCACCAUGUUGGCCCAGCUGGGAUCAUUCUUUAUUGUCAAAGAAAGUGUGGAGUGUCUUCUACAGCAGCAUGAGGUGCAUACAGGUCGAAUGUUGGUUGGCACAGUGCUGGCAUGCGUGAUCCACUUCCUGGUGACGUUUGGAGUGAACAACCGAGCCAUGAACCACGUGGUAGCGGCAUCCAGUUCCAGCUGGCUUCAGGAGCACAUGACCGACAUGAGCGAGAGCCUGUGUCACAUCGUCCCUGGCCUGAGUAAAUUGUUGCUGCCGCGUCUCAACCCCUUCGUCCUGAUCGCCAUGGCUGGAGCAACCUUCCUGGUCAUCACCUACAUACUCAUCGACACCAAACUGUACUACUCUGCCGACACGAUGUCUGCUGUGUGUAUAGCCAUCAUGACAUGCGGGACUCUGUUCCCCAUGAGUGUCUACACUGGCAAGAUACUGCUACAGACCACCCCGUCUCACAUCCUGGGUCAACUGGACAAGGUCCUGAGGGAAGCGUCCACCUUGGAUGGCGUUCUGGAGUUCCGACAUGAACACUUCUGGACAUUGUCAUUUGGAAUCCUGGCAGGGUCAGUUCAAGUCCGAGUCCGCCGAGAUGCCGACGAGCAGAUGGUUCUGGCUCAUGUCUACAACCGCCUGUCUAACCUCGUGGCGGUCCUCAACAUACAGAUCUUCAAGGACGACUGGACUCGGUCAUCAGCCUAUGCCAUGAUGGGAACACCAUCAUUCAACUAUACCCCCACACCUCCCGCCUCUGCUCCUCCCCGGCCACAGUCCCCGCCCAGUGUGCCCCCGCCCUACCCCCCCCAGGCACACAGGACUAACCUACCAGGGGGGUUCACCCCCUCAGUGCUACACGCUGGGGACAAUGUUUCCAAGAUGCCUACCCCCCUGAUGCCACCCAUGGGGCAGGGAGCGGCACACUUGUCAUCUUUACAUAUGUCAUGAUGCAGGCUC